UUAGGUAGUGACGUGCGGUUUCCUCACAGGGAGGGAGAGCCGGUCGGACGGCCUCACAUACACAGCGUAUAAGCAUUGGGCAAGGCGCCUGACAUCACCAUUCGAUCUCGUCGAGAUAGAGUGAAAGGAAACGAUCGCAUUAGACUUCUAUCACAGCAGUGCAGGAGACACGCAGCAUGAUUGGGGCAGAAAUUUAGUCACAAACACCCGGAAAGGCAACCGAUACGAGCCCAGCGAGCAACCUAGCCAGAGUAUUGUUUGGUAGUCAAUAUCGGUAGGCAGUCUAACACAAAGAUAGGUCUCCUAAGUAGGAAGCAGUUCUGCUUUUUCAAGAGCCGAACUGCGAGCAAAGAGGAACCAGCAGUCGCCAUGGGGACUGUGCUGUCCAUCUCGCCCAGGCCUCAUAAAGAUAACGGCAACUAUGGCGACACCGCAUCGCUCAGCGUCAGUAAUCUCAACAUGCUGUACAACAGCAAGAAUUCAUCCAACAACAACGCUAAGGAGAACCUACUGGCCGACACCACGCGGCCUAUGCGAAAACAUUCGGCCAUGUUCAUCAGUGCCCUUGGCUGGAAGAUGUUCAACGUGUCCAGCAAGAAAAGGACUGCCAGCACUGGUGUCUCGACCACGUCCUUUACAAAUAAUCAGUUCUAUACUGGCAUUGACAAAGUCAACAAUAACCACGUCCUAAAACCAAAGAAUCAAGUCGCCAAUAAUAACACUAACCAAACGCUGCAGCGCCAACGGUCCGAAAUCAACACCACAGCAGGCCACGACGUGGAGUCCAGCAUCAAAAAGUCCUUCUCCUGUUUCAAUCUCAAUUCCCACUGUCAGUCCAACUCUAACAGCCAAAACCAGAACGUCAAGAACAACAACUCCUCCUUCUGCGGUCUCCGGAAGUCUUCCAGUGGCCAGCUGAAGGUGCCAGCUGUCCCGCCGAAGAAGGUAGUCCAAUCGUCCACCAGUGAACUCUUGAAAUGCCUGGGGAACUUCGUCAGCAGGCGGUGCCCUCAUCUCCGCAGCUUCGAUGCCAACGACGCCAUUGUCUGGCUACGGGCAGUUGACCGGUCGCUCCUCGUUCAAGGAUGGCAGGACAUCAACUUUCUCAAUCCGGCGAACGUGGUAUUCGUGUUCAUGUUGGUGCGGGACCUCGUUUCCAUCCAGGAGAUACAAAGCGAAUUAGAACUCCAGGCCACGGUACUCACCUGUCUCUAUUUGUCCUACAGUUACAUGGGUAACGAAAUCAGCUACCCACUGAAGCCCUUCCUUGUGGAACAGGACAAGGAUAACUUUUGGACACGAUGUCUGAAGAUCAUCAAUAACUGCAGCUCCAAGAUGCUGCGAAUUAACAGAGACUCUAACUACUUCACCGAUGUCUUGGGUGAACUUAAGUCGUACGGCAAAAGUUAAAGGUACGGGUGUGCUAUUGCUAAGUCUGUCAAACCAUGGUCAAACGAACGGAGUAUUCGUGUAAGCUUAUCAAUGUGAAGGUUUGUCUAUUAUGUAUCUGUUCACGAGGGUGACAGAGAUAUUUGCUUCGUUCUUCUCAAAAUCCUGACCAAGAAAGUUUCUGUUUUGUUCGUCAGCAUGAAUAUAUUUUUAACCAAAAUGUGCAGUGGCACAAGUGGAAGAUGUUAGACAGCAAAACCGUCUGUCUUGUGUCACCAAAAGAAAUGAUUUACGUCAGUACUUAAAAAUGGAACAUUCUGUGAAAGUACUGAAACUUUGCUUUGCCGUUUAACUGAUCUAACCCGCACAAUCAUUUUUGAGAAAUGCAUUUAGAUCGUAUCACCUGAGUGCUUCAGACAUACAUGUAUUUUACUUGAUGAGCAAUGGCUUUUAUGUUUAUGGGUCCUUUAACCAAGAAAGAGAUACUAGAAAUCUGAUCGCGUACUGUUUUGAUCGAAACUGUAAAGUGUAAAGUCACUCGUGGACUGGAGUUUAGAAUUUGCUAUGUGCGAUACCGAAAUGUGCAGGCAUUAUGUAUCCUCGCUGCCAAAUCGCAUGCCUGUACAGCGCAAGAUAGUGUGGGUGCUAUUUAUGGGGACCUUUCUUGCUGAUGCGUGUGUGAAAUAGCUGCACGUGAAAGAUUUCAAGCAAUGUCGAGGCACUUGAUAACAGGCGACAUUUGUCUGGUAUUGGCAUUCGGGGGGUUUCGGUCAAGUUCUAUCGGCAACGCUUUGCGUGUUUGGGGGAGGCUUCAAAACAGUUCUCAUCAUUUGUCAUAUCCAAUAAAAUUUGCAUCUGGAUAGUUAUCUUGCAGUAGUAAAUAAGACCAUAUUGCCAAACAACAGGAUAAGUUGUCAUGGCCAGUAUCCUCAAAUCACCAUCGAAAGAGAAAACGCACGGAUAACGUUUCAACACAAUUUCCUCUUGACGUACAUGUACGUGUACAUGCAGAUUCACAUAACAUAUCUUGGUUUCAGUCACGCAGCAAACCCUCCAGAAAAGUGUGGUUCAACGUAUUUUUGCAUAAUAAUUCUAUUUUAGGACUGGGACACCUAGGGAUGACUUCACUGUUCAUUGGCAGUAUUGUCUGUAAUUUAUAAUUCACCGCUAUCUGGUAAUUAAAAUAAUGAAUCUUAUAUAAUUAGUUUUACUAGUACAAUUCCUUUCCGCAUCGAUCACAUUUUAGCCACGAUACACAAUGAGAAGCCAUCGGAUUUUUUUUUACUACGUGAAGGUGUGUGCAGCUGUUUUCUUCACCGAUUUCCAAUAUGGCUGACUACUUAGAGUCUUUCGCAGUUGCUGAUUGGUCGACGCCAUGCUCGCACACGGUGCAGACGUGGGGCAUUAAUUAUGGAAUGAGAUAUUAAUUAUGUUGAGUAUCGUCUGCAGCACGGAGAGCUAGCAUUAUAAUACCGACUGAUGUAGUAUGAGUCUGUCAUAAAUUGUGUGUGAUAUUUAUUUUGAUAUAAAAGAUUUCUUUUAUUGUGCUAGAUUGUAUAGAAAGGUAUCACUUUUAUUUAUUCGCAACUAAGAUGACACGAAGUUGUAACGAUAACUAACUCUUUUGUAUUUCUCAGUGAACAAACGUAUGAUAGCUCUCUCAUUUUGUAAGUCCAUUAAUGACUCGCGUCAGUUGGGAGUUACCACGAAUAAAUGAUGGAUUAUAGACCGAUUCAUUCGUCACGCUAGUAUAACAGGCGAGGGAAAACUGUUCUUUAACCAAACUUACUUAUUUUCUGUCAUCAAACCGUUCUGAGAGCGUCGUCAUGGCAACGGAUAUUGACAGCAGUUUUGCUUUGAGCAGCUCUCUGCACUGCCUGCGAGCUCUGCAAGAAAAAUUCUACGCCGUUAAUUUAUCGAUUCAUAUACCUCUGCGCGAAAAAGUUUUUGUUUCCACGAUGAAAGGGUACAUCCAGAUCUUUGCCAAAUAUAUUUAUGUUGUUGCCAGAGUGAGUCUUAUAUGAACGAAAAGGGAUUUAAUAGAAUUAAGGGCCCGUUGGUCUUUUUAAUGUUAACAUGUAAACCGAUUACAUCAUGGUGUCAUAUGCCGAUUUGUCUGAAGAAUGGCAGAAACGUCUUUGUAUUUUAGAAGGUAAGCAAAACAACCGACUUGAAAUCCCUAAUGCCCGUUUGAAAAUAUAAUUUAUACUAAUUUAAACAAUCUUCAUGAAUAAAUUAGAACCUCAAAUUUUGACGGAACUCGCCAGGUAUGCUGGAAUCUGCUGCAGCUAUCAGUCACGGAAGGUGUCAGUGACAAAUCUUUGCACACACUCCGACACGACCCGGUAAAUAUCUUGAGAUUUAAGCGGGGGUGAGCCAGUACGGCCUAUGACGUCAUUGCGCGGCCGAAGCUAGCAGCUGAGGCUGCUGCUCAGUCUGCUGCAAGCUGGUAAAUUUUCCCGGAGAAACAGCUUCUGUUUUAAGAGGCUUUUGGUGAAAUUUCAUCGUGAUUUCGUUUUCAUUGUCAAUUUCAAGAAGUUUACACUAAAAAAACGCAGGACAACUUUUUUGCUUAAAGCGACAUACCAGACGAGUAGCUUAACUGUUGGGCAAACAGAUUACCAUACCCCGAUGAUUCUCUCCUGAUUGUUAAUUUUUUAGGAAUAAAAGAGUGGGUAAAAAGUGGUUGUGCAAGUAAUGUUUUCUACAACAAAUAAGUGAUACGCCCGGUACUUACACCCAUCAUUUAAAAAAUAAAUUGGCCAGCUUUUUGCAGUGUAUUAUUGUAUCAUAAGUUUAAUGAUUAACAAUAUCCUUUUGCAACCUUCUUACCUUGAUUGUUUCUCAAGUACAAAAUUUGCAACAAGCUUUCGUAAAAUAUCACCCCAAUUAUAUUACCUCUGAAAGUUAUCUCCUUGGUACCUUGCAGUACUUAAAAAAUAGUGUACUUUUACAAAUGUACCACCAAUCACGACAGUCACUUUUACUCACCGAUCGAUCUAUCACGUGUUUGUACAUAUUCAUUGCCCACAUACAGUAUAUUAACGUUAUACAUGUGCAAGAUCGGUAUUAAGAAAAGUCAUUGUUCAAUAAACCGGCGUAUAAUUAUAUCGUUUAAUAUUAUUAAGUCAUGUCUAUUAUCUAAAAACCAAAAAGUUCAUGUGUGUAUGGAAUGUGGUGCUUCAGCCAAAUGACAUCAAUCUGUUCCUGCACAUGCAAACGGUAUCUAGUCAUUGUGAAGAAUUUUAUAGAUGUAUAUAAAUUGAAUCAUGGUUGUUUAUGUAUAUAUCGUAAAUCAAUGGUAAAGCACGCUGCAAUAUUACAUUGAUCUGGUUAAAUGUACUCAUACGUCUGCUGCUGCCAAGUGUAUUUCUAAAGAUCUUUCAUACAUGCAAUUACAUGGAUGAACAUAUAUGUUCAGUCUGGGAAUACCUUUCCGUUGUUUCUAACAUUUCUAUAGCUUGAUAAAAUGACAUAGAGGAAAAAAUAGCUUUACAUUGUAACAUGUAUAUGACGGAAAAUUCAUCAACUGACCAUUGAUUAAGAAUCAGAGAAGCAUUUUUUCAUAGAUUAUCACAUUACAUCUUAAGAGUGUUCAUUGGUUGUUGUAAUCAACAAGAAUUCGAUUUGACGAUGACUAACACGAAUUACGUAUGCUGUGUGUAAUAACGGCGUACAACGAAUCGAGUGUUUUAAUAUUAUUCAUUAACCCGGGGCGCUAUAUCCAACAAGCGCACCUCGUAUGCCAUGUUUUUAGUGGAUCUGAAGAAGACUCCUGCUCGUGAUAGCCUGUUCUUUGCCUGAAGUAAUCAGCCAGCGAUGACUUAUCGUGCCUGUGAGAAAAAGGCACGAUGGAGAUAGAGUCUGGCCAGGCUACGGCAAUUACUUGGUCGUAUGUACGCUUGUUGACGCAACGGAUGCAGGGAGACGAGCGACCUUCGGUGUUUUCUAGAGGAUGAUUGCAACGAGUUGACAGCUUCGGAAUUAAUAACAGCGAACUAGUUAGGCAAAAUAUAAAUCAUGGCGCCUACAAAUAUUGUUCUGGAACUGAUUGUUCUGUUUUGCAAAAAUCAACUCGAUAAUUGUAAUUACUAAAUUUUAUUCCGGAAUCUCAUAAGUUCUGGUCACAUUCUAAAUUUAACUGCUUUUUAAACUUGCAUUUUUGCGUUGGGGAGAUGCUGUUUUCCAGUAACGGGUUUUGCCCUUAAACCGACGUGUAUUUAUAACACUUGUAUACUCCGUGAGUAUAAAGUGUUAUGAAUAUACCUUGGUGUGAGGACAAAACCCGUUACUAAAAAAAAAUCCGGUUUGUUUAAAACAGUUGAUUCACUAUUGAACAAUUUCUCACCAUUAAAGAUUGCAAAAUGUCUGUUAUUCCUCCACUGAAAUAAAAAAACUGUGCGAGAUGUCUAUUCACAGGGCCAUUUAACCUACUUAAAUAAACACGUUUCGUAUGGGAAAGGGUGAUAUUGAUGUACUGGUCCCCGUAAAUUCUCACACUUUUUGUAUAUCAUUUUUCAAAGUUCUCGAAGCGCAUUUCGCAAACAGGGCGAUAUCCAGUUCAUCCGUUUACGUAAAUGCGACUGUCAUGUACAUUCAGAGUACUCGAUCUUAUUGGUUAGUGCAGCAACGAAUACAUUAUUUUACCUAACAAAACCAACUGCUUGUCAAAAUGCUCAAUAAAGCAGCACGUAGUUAUGAUGACUGGUCAGCAAUUGUAAAAAAUCGUUAUAAAUGCCGGCACACAACUCUGAUUGGUAUGAUUUCCACCUCGAUUGUCUUGAGGCUAUUAUGUAAUAAUCCUCGGAAUUUCUUCAUACAUUGUGUCGACGUCUUUCCACUUCAGAUGAAGUAGAAGCUGUACUUAGAUUAGGAAUGUCAUUUGGCUGAGUACCUUUAACUUUACGCAACAUAAUUGUAACAGUGUGUAUCAAACCAAAACAGGUUAGUAUAAAUAUAAAAAUUUACUGUCAGUGUUGAGGUAUAUAUUAUACGUACUGUGAUGUACAUAAUUUUUGCAAAAAUAUUGUAUUUGAUUUAAUGAUUUUUUUUAAUGAUGUCUCCCACCUUGUGCAUAGAACACCAAGAUGGUGGUGCAAUGUAGUGUCGUUCGGAUAUCAUUAAAUCAUGUAUCACACGGAAACAG